CCCAAAUAGCAGCCAAGAUUUUUGUCUAUUCACACAUAAAUUUCUAUCUACCUUCUAGUUUGGAAAAGGAAAGGGAAGAAAAAUAUGGGGGAAAGAGGAAUGGGGUCAGUGUUGAUGGUUUGUUUGGUGUUAGGUCUUCUAAUAGGGCAAUCCACAGCUUCUUUCCAAAGCUGCUACAAGGAUUGCUUCGUUUUGUGUAUUACUACCCCAGGAAAUUCAUCGCUCUCUUGCUCUACCAAGUGCCUCGAGAAAUGUAACUCUCCUUUUGGCAAUGUCCAAGACACACAAUACUUCUGCAAGCUUGGUUGUUCUACUUCCAUGUGCACAAGUCUCAGCUCCAAACAAGAUCCUGGUGAAGGAAAAGUUGAAAGUUGCGUUGAUUCUUGCUCAAAGACAUGUGCCACCAAGAACUAA